AUGGAUUCAACAUUAGAGGAAUUAACGGCGGAACAGUAUGUGGAAAGGCAAAGAGAACUAGAGAUUGAGGCUCGUGAGGCGUACCCAUACAAAUUUGACGAAUGUACAUAUUCCAAAGGUUACUUGAAGCAAACAUUAUACGCUUGUUUAACUUGCCAGAGAGAAGCGGAUAGUCUAAACGGAGUUUGCUACAGUUGUAGUAUCAGCUGCCAUGCAGAUCAUGAAUUAGUGGAGUUGUUUCACAAACGACAUUUUCAAUGUGAUUGUGGUACCUCACGAACGGGCCAUGAGUCUUGCACGAUUAGAAAGAGUAAAGCUGAGCGAGCACCGGAAAAUCAGUACAAUCAUAAUUUCCAGGGGCGAUUCUGUAGUUGUGAUACGUUUUACGAUCCUGAACAAGAAAGCGGAACUAUGUUUCAGUGUAUACUGUGUGAAGAUUGGUUUCAUGAUCGCUGCUUGGAGGCUUCUAAUCAAGGCAAGCCACUACCUGAUUCGGAGUCAUUUGAAUGGGUGGUCUGUAAAGACUGCGUGUCUAAAUACAAAGACUGCCUUUUGAAUCCCCAACACGAAUUUCCUUACAAAAAAGAAGAACUAGUCGUUCCUCAAUUUUUGGACGAACAGUUUCGAGAACACCUUUGCCAAUGUGAUCCUUGUAUGGAAAUUCGCAAAACUCAAAUGCCUAUCCUGAUAGAGGACGAACCAAUUUACGAGCAACCCGAGGACUCCGACAUGGAAGAUGAAGCCGACGCUGGAGUGGAAGACAUGCGUUCACUUGAUGAGAUUGUGUCCAGCACCAUGCAAGAUGUACUUCACGUCUUAGACCGGCUUCCCCGGGUUCAAGCAAUUGAAGGAGUCCAUGCGUAUAAUCGAUUAAAGAAUGAACUCACAGAUUUUUUGCUUCCAUUUGCAAGAGAAAACAAGGUAGUCACAAAAGAAGAUAUCUCGAACUUUUUCUUGGAAAGGUUAAAUUCUGGAAAGAACGGUGGUUGA